UCUGGGGGUGAGCAAUCUCGGUGAUCGGUGGUCCAUCCUGCAAGGAGUGAAGUAUUUGUUUGAACAAGAUGCCAUUUACUUGGAGGAUCACAGCCAGUUACUGCACCGGCAUGAGCUCUCCACAAUAGCUGAGGAGGAUAUUGAAAAGAGUGAAAGAGAAACAGGAAAAGCUCAUUUUGAUGUCCAGUAUCUGCAAGACAUUCACAGAACACACGGGCUUGAAAUGAGAAAUUCAGAAGAAGGAGCAAGUGGGACAGUUCUACAGCGUUUGUUGCAAGAGCAGCUCAGAUAUGGAAACCCCACUGAGAAUCGAAAUCUCCUUGCCUUGCACCAGCAAGCCACAGUAAAUGUCAUUGCUUACAACAGUAAUGGGUCUGUAGUAACUACAAACGAUGGUCUGACACAAGAUGAGCGUCAAGUGGUCACACAUUCUGCACGACAGGAACCCCAAGGCCAGGAGCUGCAAGUUGACAAUAGUGUCAUGGAGAAGCAGCUGCAGACCAGAGCAGCACAAGCACAGAAUAACGAGGAACUGCCAACUUAUGAAGAAGCGAAGGUCCAAUCACAGUUUUUUAGAGGACAGCAACAUACAGCAGCAGGAACUGCUUUCUUUGUUACUGGAAUAAAUAACCAGAAGAUGAGAACUGAAGGGCGGUCCACAGUCCAGAGGCUGGGUACUGGAAAGGUUCACCAAGAUGAUGGGCUUAAAGACUUGAAACAAGGUCAUGUUCGUUCUCUCAGUGAGCGGCUUAUGCAGCUCUCCUUAGCUACAAGUGGUGUAAAAGCACAAUCUUCAAUUGCAAGUAGUGUGAUUUCGUCCCAACAGGCGAAUGAAUUCUACACACAUGCUGGGCAUGUUUUGUCUCAGACAUCCAUAAAGGGAAUAGACCCUAGGGGGCCUCCACCUGAAUAUCCUUACAAAAAUAUGUCAACUUUACCUGUUACUUCCAAGGCUCAGGACUAUGGCAAUUUCUACAGUGACGUUAGACUGGGAAUGACAACGGAAGGUUUAAAGCCUUCUCCAACCUCUCAGCAACACAUUAAGCCAGAUGCUCCUGUUAUGAGGUACCAACCACCUCCUGAGUAUGGGGCUGUCAGGCAAAGUCAAGAAGGGUCAACACAUCAGCAGCUGCAGUUACAGCAGCGAACCUAUCAACAUAGCCCAUCGUCAUCUCAGACAUCAAUGGGAUCUACAUCAGUGAUGCAGCCACCACCCUCACCAAAUCUGCUGACUGCUCAACACCAACAGACCCCCCUUACAAGCCACCUGAAUCAGCAGUUCCAGGGUGACCCAUUGGCCAUUGUCUUGCGAGCUCAGCAAAUGGUAGAAAUCUUGUCCGAGGAAAACCGUGCUCUUCGGCAGGAGUUGGAGGGAUACUAUGACAAAGUAGCUAAAUUACAAAAGCUGGAGAUGGAAAUUGAGAGAGUUUCAGAAGCUUAUGAAAACCUGGUGAAAUCAUCUUCCAAGAAAGAAACCUUGGAAAAAGCUAUGCGGAAUAAGUUAGAAGGUGAAAUCCGCAGACUUUAUGACUUCAAUCGAGAUUUGAGAGAUCGAUUGGAAACUGCUAACAAACAGCUUGCUGUUAAAGAGUGUGAAGGUUCUGAAGACAGCCGAAAAACUAUUGCUCAGCUCAUUGGGCAAAAUAAAGAAAAUUCAAGAGAAAAGGAGAAGCUGGAAAUGGAGCUCUCUGCCCUCCGUUCUACCAAUGAGGAUCAGAGAAGACACAUUGAAAUCCGGGAUCAGGCUUUGAACAACACCCAAGGGAAAGUGGUCAAAUUGGAGGAGGAGCUGAAGAGGAAGCAGGUGUACGUGGACAAAGUAGAAAGAAUGCAGCAAGCUCUGAUCCAGCUGCAGGCAGCAUGUGAGAAACGGGAGCAGCUUGAGCAUCGGCUGCGAACCCGCCUCGAAAGGGAAUUGGAAUCCCUUCGGAUGCAGCAGCGUCAGGGUACCUCCCAGACCCCCACUGCUCCUGAGUGUAAUGCAACUUCCUUAAUGGAACUGCUACGUGAGAAGGAAGAGCGAAUCCUGGCUUUGGAGGCUGACAUGACAAAGUGGGAACAGAAGUAUCUUGAAGAAAGUGUGAUGCGACAAUUUGCAUUGGAUGCUGCAGCUACAGUGGCAGCUCAAAGGGAUACUACAGUUUUAGGCCAUUCUCCAAAUGGUAGCUAUGAAACAUCUUUAGAAGCUCGGAUCCAGAAAGAAGAGGAGGAAAUUUUGAUGGCCAAUAGGAGGUGCCUUGACAUGGAAAGCAGGAUUAAGACUCUCCACGCUCAAAUUAUUGAGAAAGAUGCUAUGAUCAAAGUUCUCCAACAGAGGUCACGGAGAGAACAAGUCAAAACAGAACAGCCAGCUGCUUUAAGACCUUCAAAGUCUCUUGCUUCUAUUUCCAAUGCUACAUCUGGACUUUCGUCUUAUCCCACAUUGCUGUCCAGUAAUCCAAUCAUUGAGGAGAAGAAGGAAGACAAAAGCUGGAAAGGGAGUCUGGGUUUUCUGCUCAGCACAGAUAGGAAUGAAUCGCAUUCUUCCUCCUCUUCACCGGUUCUACCAUCCACGCCACUACUUUCAGCGCAUUCUAAAACAGGAAGCCGGGAUAGCAGCACCCAGACAGAAAGAGGUCCAGAGCAUAACAAAUUAGGCACUGCCUCACCAUCACUAGGAAAGACAGGCAGUACUAGCCCUGCAAGUGUGGAAAAAGCAGACAAUUCUCUUUCAACGAGUACACUUGAUAAGAAAGCUCCCCCUUCUCCGUUUGGGCAGGACCUUGCUGAUAAUGAGAUGGUAGAAAUCCUGAUCUGAACUUUUUUCACCUAGGACACAGUGAGCAGGCAAUAAAGGGUGUUGAAAAUACAAAAUCUGAUCUCAUUGAGGUCUAUUGUGAAAAACUUGCAAAAUGGAUCUUCUUUUAUUCCAGCUGAAGUGUUUAUGAAGCCGAAGCACUUCAGGAAGCCACAGAAAAUGGACUAAGGGAUAUGUAUGCUUUCUCAUCACAUUCUUUAAAACAAUGUACAUGGAAAGAUCAUUUAUCCACUCAGCCCUUCAUUGAUCUGUAUCAGUACAAACUGUUUGAGAAGUAUCUACACUGCCUUGUACAAUACAUUCCAGCUCAAUUUAUUAUGUUAAGCAUUUAACAAUGGAUGUAUUAUAUACUCAAACAGAACAGUAUAGUGAUCAGAGCACAAGCUGUUAUGUAUUGGAGAACCACUCUUUCAGCAAUAACAUUGUAUAAAAGAGAGACAAAUAGCCUUUGAGGUGGGGGCCAGAGUUUUACAGAAUCUCCAACCCAAUAAAUCUUGGCAGGUUUCCUCUUGUAUUUUUUUUCAGGAUUACAAAAAACUGGAACAACAUGAUUUCAAACAUUCUGGAUUGUAUAUGAAAUUGUUCAUUACCAAUUAAAGUUAAAUCUUACUUAAUAGUUCACCAGCUCAUAUGUACAAAAACUCUCUUAAAAGAUAAUUAAUAUUUGUUCCAAUCCUAAGCUUAACGAUUUCCCCUACAAUUUUCUUAGUAAACCCACUGUCUCAUACCAACGAGUGGUCUGCGGCACUGACAAUAUUCUAACAUCUCGGCAAAGUUUACCCUCUUUAAGAAUGAGCCAAAACAGUGUUGGAAGGUAAUUCAACAACCAGGACCUCAUAGCUGAGCUGUUCUGUAUCUGACAUCUAGGCAUGAGCACUUUCUAUACUUGAGUUACUGGGUAAUAUUCAAAUAUAUUUCUCUUAGCUGAUAUUUGCUAUAGAGGAGGAGAAAAUUAAAGAAUACCCAGAUUAAUUGCAAAGCUCCCUGAUGUCCUUGCUUUUGCUUUCAAGAAUACAAUUAAUAUGCUCUCUACAGUCAGCUAAUUUUGGUUUCACCAGUCUCAAAAGCCUCAUAGACCAGUUUCAGUAUUGACAACUGAUGGGGUUAAAAUGUAUAUAAACAUUUGAUAUACAUUAUAUAGAUCCAGAUUAUGUGAUCACCCUCUUCCCCGUCAAAAAAGGAAAACCUGUCUGUUCAGAAUGCCAUUCUACUUUAGCAAUUUUCUUUUUAAAUAUGUAUUUGUGGAAUAGAAGCAUGUGGCAUUGUAAUCCUAAUUUCAGUGUAACUUGACAAACAAAUUUCAGAUCUGUAUCACCAGGAUAAACUGAUAUUGUUAUAACAACAUUUUGGGAUCCUGAAAAUUUUGCUUUAAUAUAUCAUGUAGCUUCAGGUAGAUUGUGUUCAUGUACAUUUCAAACUAUUGGUUACGAUAUGCUUGUUUUAAAUGCAUCACACAUUGUUUUACCCAUAUGCAAGUUCUCCAAUGUCUGUAAUAAGCCAGUUGAGUCCCAAAUCUGAGGAAUUUUCAAUAUGCAGUAUAUUUUUGGUGUACAUUUAAAUGACAGACAUUUACUUCUUUUCCAAUAGGUAUAACCAGAUUAUAAGGAAGCCUUAUGCUUUGCUUAAUCUAUUUGCAUUGAAAUCUUUUAUAAUUUGUGGGGCACUAUGAUAAUUCAAGAAUCUGGGGAAAGAGAAUAACGACAUAACAUGCAGUCUUGUAAACCAUUUUAUUGAGAAUACUGCGAACAGUAUGUCUCAGAACAAAACUGUAUUCGGGCGAGAUACUGUCACUGCCUUUGUCACUACUGCCAUGAGUGUUAAUGUACUCCCAUAAUACUUCACUCUGGUGUUGUUUAACUCAUGUUCCUUUGGAAAAGGACAAAAAUAGUAAUUAUGCUACUUGGUAUUUUUCAGAGUUUGACUGGACAUAUAAUGAAUAAUUGUGUUCUGCUAAAAUGUUGCAAUGACAGUGUUUCAGACUAAAUUUAUCUUCUCCCUCCUGUUCCAGUUAUUUCACAGCUUCUUCUGUUCAGUGCCAUUUUACUAGGUGGAAAAGUAGAUAGGAAUUCUGAGUCCAGUUCUCUUAAGUGCUGGUUCAGAGCUGGCUUGAAGCAGGGGGCCAGGGAGUUUCAAAUGUGUGGACACAGUAGAGAGUGGACUGUUCUUAAUUGUCUGCUUAUGUAAAAAUGUGGACCAUUUCUAUUUGCCAAUAUUGUUGAUAGUAUUGUUGUGAUUGUAGUAAGUGACUAGUAGUUUCUUUUUAUGUAAAAAUGCAAUUGAUUUAGUUUUGACUAAUCAUUUCCCAGCCAAGUUCUGUCUUAAUUUCAAUAAUUUUGAAUAUAUUUCUGUUCAUAAUCAUCUGUGCAAGGAAUAUUUAUACCUAAUGUAGAUUUAUAUAAUUUAUAUUACAGUUGUGACUUGAUAUCUUUUAGUGCACAGGUUAGUGACUGGUUCAAUUGUAAUGUUAUGCCUGAAAUACAACAGAAAUGCUGCUAUAUAACAGAUGUAUCUCUUAAAUACUGUAAUCCCACAAAUGCAUGAGCCCUGUUAAAAGAACAUAGAAUAACACAUACCUAUAAGAGUUUUACUGUUACAAAGCAGAAGUAUCUGAGUCUUGAUUGAUGUUGAGCAUUAAAUCUAGACUACAUUAAGAGGAUUACAAUAGAAAUUCCUCAAACAGUGAGCUAUAGUAUGUUAAUCAGUUGUGGUUGAUCCAGUAUAUAUUUAUACCCAAUUUUAGUUUUUACUGAUUUCAAGUUGAUGACAAUUGCUGAACUGACCUACCAGUGAGAUGUGUGAAUCCUUUUUGGUAUUAACGUGGUGUCCUCUUAUCAUAACUCAUUAGUAGAAAAGAAUUAUGUUCAGCGGUGGUUGACUAUAUGAAAAGCUCACCUGUAAGCCUAUAAUCAUAAUGAGGUCAAUGAUUUCUGUGCACAAUUUAUAUAAAAUAGCAUGGCACUUGAAGCAGUUCUAAAACUCUUCUGUGCAAAAUAGUAAGCGAGAUGCACAGGCUAGAAUUGUAAUUGACUAAUGUCAGAAAUUGAUGGAUAAAUGGAAGUUACUACAUAUGAAAAAUAAUAGUUGUCAAGCUAACCUUCAGAAGGUAACAAUUACUUCACCUACAUAUUAAGGCACUAAAUCGUUUUUUUAGAGGGUAAAAGGUAUAUAAUGUACAUAUAUUUAAAUAGCUGUGGCUCUAAAGCCUGUAACAUUGCACUGUACCACUCUGUCCUGCAUAUAAAAUUAUUGUUUUGUUCAAAAUGGGAAUAACCUAGUUAAAAAUACCAAGUCAUGACUGUAUAUAGCAUUUCAAAAGUUGAUUUUUAUUCAAGCUCCAAAUUAAUCUUACUGUAAUUAUAAAACAAGAUUUUUGUUUAAAAGCCUGGUAAAGAUGCCUACCUUCAAAAAUUUGAUAUGUAGGCAUUUCAUUACUCAAGUUGUGCACUUAACAAUUAGGAAAUAAAUCUCAGAUAUGUGGUGCCUUUUUAAAAACAAACAUUUUUUACUUUUUUGUUGUAUAUAAUUCAAAACUUCUUGUUAGGAUGUUAAAGCUGGCUUUUUGCUCUUAAGUUAAAACCAACUGUAUUUUGUA